UUAGCAAAGACAAAUCUCUCUCUCUCUCUCUCUCUCUCUCUCUCUCUGUUUCUCUCUCUCAACAGGUUUCUGCACUCCUUGUGUUUUUAAAUAAAGAAGAGAGCAAAAAGUAGCACUGCUUCCUUUGCUAGUACUUAUCACUUCCAAAUGGGUCGGUCACCAUGCUGUGACAAGGUGGGUUUGAAGAAAGGGCCAUGGACGCCGGAAGAAGAUCAAAAGCUCUUAGCUUACAUUGAAGAACAUGGCCAUGGAAGCUGGCGUGCCUUGCCGACAAAAGCUGGCCUUCAGAGGUGUGGGAAGAGCUGCCGACUCAGAUGGACUAAUUAUCUUAGACCCGAUAUUAAGAGAGGCAAGUUCAGCUUGCAAGAAGAACAAACUAUCAUUCAACUCCAUGCUCUUUUAGGGAACAGGUGGUCGGCUAUAGCUACUCACUUGCCGAAGAGAACAGAUAAUGAGAUCAAGAACUACUGGAAUACGCAUCUUAAGAAAAGGUUAGCCAAAAUGGGGAUCGACCCUGUGACCCACAAGCCCAAGAAUGAUGCCCUUCUCUCCAACGACGGCCAAUCCAAGAAUGCUGCCAACCUCAGCCACAUGGCUCAGUGGGAGAGUGCUCGGCUCGAAGCUGAAGCAAGACUGGUUAGAGAAUCAAAGCUACGUUCAUCACAUUCAUUCCAACAUCAUCAGCUUGGAAACCCAGCAGGGCAUGCUUCUUCAUCUUCUGCUUCCACUUCAGCUCACCUCUUAAACAAAACUGAGUCUCCGAGGCAUCUAGAUGUAGUAAAAGCUUGGAAUGGUGGAUGGUCUAGAUCAACCGAAGGCAGUGGCGGUGUUCUUGCAGCCGCCGGAAUCGGCAGUGCCGACCUUGAAUCACCCACAUCAACACUUACAUUUUCAGAGAACGUGCCGCCAAUUAUGAUGGUUGGAGUUGGGGAGAAUCCAAUGCCAAUGAUUGAGUUUGUUGGCAGUAAAUCAGGUUCUUCCGAGGCCGGAAUUGUUAAAGAAGAAGGUGAUCAGCAGGAUUGGAAACGGUUGGAAAACACGACCCAUUUGCCCGAAUACAAAGAGGGCAUGGAGAAUUCGUUGUCAUUUACAUCUGGCGUUCAUGACAUGUCAAUGUCCAUGGAAGGCACGUGGACUCCAGAAUCUUUGAGGACAAGUACUGGUGGACAUGUUCACUUUGGGAAUUUGAUGGGAGAGGAGGGGUUCACUACUCUUUUGCUUAACAAUUCCGAUGACCGGAGUUUAUCAGAUGGAGGUGAUGAUUCUGACAAUGGUGGUGGCAGUGGGAGUGGCAGUGGCAGCGGCAGCGGCAGCGACUGCUAUGAAGACAACAAGAAUUACUGGAAUAGCAUUCUACAUUUGGUGAAUUCUCCCCCCACUGAUUCGCCAAUGUUUUGAGUGAGUUUGCGAAAAUGUCCGAGCCAUUUGCCAGAAAGCAGUGAAGUAGCUAGAUCAGUGAUUAAUAUCCAGACGUCCGAUCCGCAUGCACUACUCCUGAUCAUCAAGCCAAGUCGAGAGCAAUUAAUUUGUUUUAGUUAUUAUUAUUAUUAUUAUUUAAAAAGCGAGGUUUUAUGGAGAAAUGAUAUUGCCAAAGCAGUUUUGGUUGCUUCCACAAAUUUAAUAUUUAAAACAAGCUAGCAAUAAAAAUGCUUCACAUGCAUGUUUGAAAUGCUGUGAAAGCAACAUUACAGUUUUGGCAAUCUGCUCUCUCAUAUCAAAUGUUCAUACUUCAGCCUCAGCCAUUUCGUCUCGCUCGUUCGAGUCAACUUGAUCAUGACCAUAUAUAUAUAUAUAUAUCUAAAUGUCUCCCUUAA